AAAUAAAAAAAGACAAAGCGUUAAGAUAAAAUUAAAAACCAUUCGCUUUCUUGGCUUUUGUCCGGUCUCUUGUUCUCUUUUUUUUUCUCGUUCUCUCUUCACUCUAGAAUCUGUCGACGAAACCAGCUCCAAUGGCAGAAUGAACAGAGACAUCUGCAGUCUACUCUUCUCGGAAGAAGAUGGCUCUGGAGAAAGAACAAGAAGAAUCACAAACCGGUCAAAACGCACAGUUUUGUGCGCUUGAUGAGCUCUAUUGCGAGGAAGAGUGUGGUGGGUUCGUGGGGAACGAUGAUUUUCUCGAGAAAUCUGAUGAAAGCGUCGUAAAGUUUGAGUUUUUACCACUAAAGGAUAUGUUUUUAUGGGACGACGAUGAGUUGCAGAGUCUAAUCUCAAAGGAAAACGAAACUAAUCACUACCCUAACCAAACCUUAGACGAGUGUCUGGUUUCUUGUAGAAAAGAGGCUUUGGACUGGUUUUUUAGGGUUAAAUCUCGUUACGGGUUCGCUUCGUCGACGGCUCUGCUUGCUGUGAACUACUUCGAUAGGUUUAUCACCAGCAUUAAGUUUCAGGCGGAUAAGCCGUGGAUGUCUCAGCUCGUAGCUGUGGCUUGUUUGUCUUUAGCUGCUAAAGUUGAAGAGAUUCAUGUCCCAUUGCUAAUCCAUCUCCAAGUGGAGGAAGCAAGGUAUGUCUUUGAAGCUAAAACCAUACAAAGAAUGGAGCUUUUGGUUUUGUCUACACUCAAGUGGAGGAUGCACCCUGUGACUCCAAUCUCAUUCUUUGAUCACAUUAUCCGGAGAUUAGGAUCUGAAUGUCACCAGCAGUUGGACUUGUUUAGGGACUGUGAGCGUCUUUUGAUCUCCGUUGUUGCUGAUACGAAGUUUAUGAGUUACGUCCCUUCUGUGUUAGCAACUGCGAUAAUGAUUUAUGCCAUCAAGGACUUGAAACCAUGUGAGCAAGUUGAAUACCAAUCUCAGCUCAUGACUCUACUCAAAGUUAAUCAGGAGAAAGUCAAUGAAUGCUAUGAACUAUUGUUGGAGCACAAUCCAAGCAAGAAGAGGAUGAUGGAUUGGCUCCAUCAGGAGAGUCCAAGCGGUGUAUUUGACCUUGAUGACAGCUCAAAUGGAUCCUGGAAUGUCUCUGCUGAUUCAGUAUCUCCAGAGCCUCUGCUCAAGAGGAGAAGAGUGAAUGAGCAGCAAAUGAGGUUGCCUUCACUAAACCGUGUGUUUCUCAAUGUGCUUAGUAGUCCUCGCUAGUACUUUUUCGUUUUAUCAAAUGUGUCAAAUUUGAAGAACAUGAGUUCAUUCUCUAUUUUGGGUAAUCAUCAUCGUCGGUUAUGGCUACAAUCUUAAGCAAAAACAUUUUGUGUUUAAAA